CCUUCCUCCUCUAGCCAGAGGGCGGACUGUGGUGUCGCUUUACGGCCGCUCCGAUCAGAACCGGAAGUUUUGCAGCAGCUACCGGGAGAGAAACAAAAACAGAGGCAGGCGAUCGAUCUGUAUGGUCCAUAAUACACAGUGGCCGGACCUAUGCCCUGCUAGGUUCCAUUGUGGUGACAUUCUGGACCUCAGCUGACCCCUGGAGCCUCCCUGCCUUGAGCCAAUGCUGGAUCUGGAGGUUGUACCAGAAAGAUCUCUCGGCAAUCAGCAAUGGGAGUUUACAUUAGGAAUGCCCUUGGCUCAGGCUGUGUCAAUUCUCCAGAAGCAUUGCAGGACCAUCAGAAAUGUGCAGAUCCUCUAUAGCGAACAGUCGCCUCUGAGCCAUGACCUCAUCCUUAGCCUGACUCAGGACGGAAUCAAACUGCUGUUUGAUGCUUACAACCAGAGACUGAAGGUGAUAGAAGUGUAUGAUUUGACAAAGGUUAAAUUAAAAUAUUGUGGAGUUCACUUCAACUCACAGUCCAUUGCACCUACUAUAGAGCAAAUCGAUCAGUCGUUUGGAGCAACACAUCCUGGAGUGUACAACUCCGCAGAACAGCUGUUCCACCUCAAUUUUCGUGGUCUGUCAUUCUCCUUUCAACUGGAUUCCUGGACUGAAGCUCCGAAGUAUGAGCCCAACUUUGCACAUGGUUUGGCAUCCCUCCAGAUCCCCCAUGGAGCAACUGUGAAACGCAUGUAUAUAUACAGCGGGAACAGCCUCCAAGACACCAAGGCUCCCAGCAUGCCCCUAGGUUGUUACCUGGGUAACGUGUUUGCAGAGAGUGUGGAUGUUCUGAGAGAUGCAUUGGGGCCUCUAGGACUGAGGCUUCGUCUUCUCAGUACAGGCUGUGGACCGGGGGUAAUGGCAGAUGCCAAGAUGCGGGUAAUGGAGCGCUGUGUACAUUUCGGUGAUUCUUGUCAGGAUGUGCUGAGUACCCUGGGGGCUCCACAUAAAAUCUUCUACAAAUCUGACGACAAGAUGAAGAUUCAUUCCCCGUCCCCCCACAAACAGGUCCCUGCAAAAUGCAAUGACUAUUUCUACAACUAUUUUACCCUUGGGGUGGAUAUUCUCUUUGAUGCAAAUACGCACAAGGCCAAGAAGUUUGUACUGCACACAAAUUAUCCUGGGCAUUACAACUUCAACAUUUACCAUCGCUGUGAUUUCCGGAUUCCUUUAACAGUUAAGAGAGAUACCACUGAAACACAAAAAGAAAUCUGCACCACCUACAGCAAGUGGGAUAGUAUUCAGGAGCUCCUAGGACACCCUAUGGAGAAGCCUGUAGUUCUUCACAGGUCAUCUUCACCCAACAACACAAAUCCAUUUGGAUCAACAUUCUGCUUUGGCCUCCAGAGGAUGAUCUUUGAGGUGAUGCAGAAUAACCACAUAGCAUCUGUUACUCUCUACGGAGCUCCCAGACCCAGCGUCCAGCAGAAAUCCUCCGAGACGAGCCAGUAAACCCGGAAGAAACUGGUGUGUUGGUCUAGCCCAGCGUGCCUUGACUUGUUGCCGAACAGCCGCACGAAGCAGGGUUGACCUUGCUGUGCUUAGUGCGAACUUGGCAGACCUGGGAGGCGCUGCACAUACUGUGGGUAUCUCCUGCCUCCCCCUCACUACUUCCCGUUCCUACCAGGCACCUUUUUUGCGGUCAGUGUGUCUUCUACGUCCCUGUGACCUUAGAGAUGAAAGAUCAAGGGCCGACAGAGAACUCUCUACUGCGUCUAAAAGCACAAAUUUGAUAAAGCCGUGUGCAGGACCUGGAAGUGAGGAAUCUUCGUGUUAGUGUUACUAAAAUCAUGUGAUAGUCACAUUUGUAAAUAUUAAUAUACAUGUGUAUGUAAACACAUUGAUAUUUCUGUGGUCAAAAGCAGUUUAAAGUGUGACUGGUGUGUACAUAUGCGCGUAUGUAUCUUGUAAUAUAUACAUAUGUAUGUAUAUAUAAUCUCAUUCAGGUACCACAUCAUGUGACUUCAAGAAGCCGAAUACAUGCAAAACAGCCUCAGAAUCUUUGUGUAUUUGUUCACAAAGUGAGAUAUAAAGUGAUUCUUUGUAGGCUCCCUCCGUGAUGAGAAUAAGCCCCGAACCAGAAUGCGAUCAGAAAUUUAGUUUAUACCAUUUGCACUACAUACACUUUACUUGAUCAGUCAUCGUGUUCACUGAACAGCAUCUGAAAACGAACAUGGAGACAUUUUAUAAGCUGCGUGAAAUGCUUAUUUAUAUGGCGGGUAAGUAAUCGCUGUAUUCCUAACAAUUACUUGAUGUGCUGUUUAUAAUUUUUUUUUUUUUUUUUUAUUAAUCUUAUUUAAAUAAUAUAUUUUCCGCUGUUACUUUAUUUUAAUUUUUCUUCCUCUCUUCAUUGGACACUCGUAUGAUGUUAAGUUUCCAAAUGUUUUUGGUUUGUUUUUCUCCAAGGAGAUAAUCAUGUCUUAAAAUAGAUGGGCCAAUUUUUAUUUUUAUUUUGUUAUCUUCUGUUAUCAACU